CUCUUGCUGCAAGAUGAAGCUUCCAGGGACUUUUGUGUUUGUCAUGGUCUCACUUCUUUUCACCUUGCUUGUAGUUGCCUGUCAGGCUCUUGAUCAUCUGUCCACAAGUCCGGGCACUCAAAUGAAUUGGUUUUUGCUCGCCUUCGCUUGCAUUCUGACUGCUGUGAUAUCUGUUUCAUGGUGGCUGAUGCUCAAGUCUCGAUUGAGGCUGCCUCCGGGACCGAUGGCACUGCCAAUUGUUGGCCACCUCCAUCUUCUUCUCAAGCUCCCACACCAGUCAUUCCACAAGCUCUCGCACAAGUUCGGUCCCAUAAUGACCAUUAAGCUGGGAAACAAAACAGCCAUCGUCAUUUCAUCCAAGAAAGCAGCAAAAGAAAUCCUUACGUCUUACGAUCGCGUCUUUGCGUCGAGGCCUGUUCUCAUUUCCCCGCAAAGCCUGUGCUACAACUCGAAGAACAUCUCUUGCUGCAAAUAUGGUCCCUACUGGAGGGAAAUGAGGAAGAUUUGCACGACGGAGCUGUUUAGUUCAAAACGUCUCUCCAGUUUCCAGAACACAAGGCUCGAGGAAACUCAAAAUCUCCUGCAAAGAGUGGCCGAACAACUCAAAGUUCCCAUCAACAUGAAGAUUGAGCUUUCAACUCUCACCUUGAAUGUUAUAACUCGCAUGGCCAUUGGCAAGAAGUUCCGUCAUGGAGAGUUCUCGGAAGACGCAGAACCACUGAACGUGAUCCUGGAGGCAGUACGGUUGAUGGGAGCAGUCAAUCUCGGCGACUACAUACCUUUUCUCAAGCGGCUUGACCCUGGAGGAUACAUUCCACGUUUAAAAAAGACAAGCAAAAAGAUUGAUUGCAUCUUACAGAGGCUUGUCGACGACCAUCGAGAAGAAAAGGUGAAAUCCGGCGACUUGGUGGACGUUCUACAGUCGGUCGGAAUUGAGGACAGUGCCAUAAAAGCCGUGAUCCUGGACAUCCUUGCUGGAGGAACAGACACCACCGCAGUUACGACCGAGUGGGCCUUGUCGGAGCUCCUCAGAAAUCCCGAGUGCCUGAGAAAAGUUCAGCAAGAGAUUCAUGUCAUUGUUGGUGACAAUCGUCUGGUGAACGAGAAUGACCUCCAUCAUCUACACUACCUCAAAGCUGUGGUCAAAGAGACGUUUCGACUGCAUCCAGCAGCUCCUAUGAUGGCACCGCACGAGUCCAUCGAAGCGUGCACUCUCAAAGGCUACACAAUUCCGGCAAAAACAUGGCUUCUAAUUAAUGCUUGGUCGAUGGGACGCGAUCCAGCUCAAUGGGACUCACCGGAAGAAUUCAUGCCCGAGCGCUUCAUAAACUCGUCUAUAGAUGUCAAAGGCUGCGACUUCGAGCUCAUACCAUUUGGAGCAGGCAGGAGGAUGUGCGUGGGGAUGUCUCUCGCACUGUGCAUGGUAGAGCUCACUCUUGCACGGCUGGUGCAAGCAUUUCACUGGGCCCUUCCUGACGGCAGCACCAUGAACAUGGAGGAGAGACAAGGCGUGAUCGUCGCAAGAAAACAUCCGCUUAUCGCAGUGGCAAACCGGCGGCUUCCCCCCGAAGUCUACAUAAACACGUUGUAA